AUGACGAGCCUUGCUAUGGGCGAUACAACCCUCUGGGUGAGCGAGUCCCAGCAGGAGCUGACUGUGUGUAUAACGAACCAGUUGAAGAAGCUGCAGCAUGUGCGUCUCUGCAGAGAAAGCGCAGUGUUCUGGAUCAAUGGAGACACAAUUCUUUUGGAUAUUGUAAGAAGCUAUGUAACAUCUUGUCCUGAUGUAAGGGUCAAAGUACUUGUGCAUCCAGACACAUCCGAGCAGAGGGAGGAAAUCACAAAAAGCUUGCCGGGUGUCAACAUUUCUCUCGGGAGUUAUGCAGAAAACACGAAGAUUGAUAUCUUCUUGUUAUCGCUGGAUAUACUGACUUGUGAGCCUCCUGUAGAUCCCGGGCUGCUCAGUUCUUAUUUGGAAACAUUGCGAACUGCUCCAGAACGGAUCCUCACAGUAUUCUCUGGAGAGCGACACGAAAAACCCUGCUAUCAGGCAGUGCUAGCCAGGCAGGAAGACCAGUUCAAAAUGGAAAAAUAUCCAAAAGUAUUGUACUGUGAUAUCCACGCUUGUGGAGCCUUAAAGUAUCUCAUUUCUCAGCAUACCUUAACGCACCAGACUAUGGAUCAGGAUCCGUUGAGAGGUUAUACCUCAAAUCAGAAUAGCUACCACUAUAGAACGAUACUGACAGAUCCCAGGGCAAUGCACUGCAAGCUCGAGGUUCCUGAUGCCAUCAGAAAAGAGAUAUUCGCCCAGAUAGCUUCACAGGUAUACAGCGUUACAGACCCGUCGUUCUUUACUGGAUCGCGUGUUCUACUUUUCAGCCCUCAUCCAGACGACGACGUAAUCGCUGCCGGUCUGGGCCUCCAGCAUUUAAACACUCCAGAGAUAAUACUGCAUAUCGCAUACUGUGUAGCAGGGUACAACUCUGUUGGAGACAUGUAUCUUGAGCAUGUUCCUGAAGAUCCUCUCGAUCUUUGCAUAGAAAAGACAAGGGUGAGGGAGGCCGAAGCGAGAAGUGCGCUCGAACUACUGGGGGUGCCUACCAAUCAUAUCCAUUUCCUUAGAUUGCCAUUUUAUAAUAGAAAUUAUCGCUCCAAGCGAACCUAUGAUCAAUCGGAUAUACGAAUUGUCAUGGAUAUCAUAGCAGAGGUAAAGCCCAAUCACAUCUUCAUGGCCGGCGACCUCGCAGAUCCUCAUCAGACACACGAAGUGUGCUAUAACAUAAUUAAAGAGGCCAUAGAAGCAUUGAACCCAGGACUCUACCGGCAACUUCACAGUAACUCGAUUGCCCCGUUACUAGUGGAGCGUAUCCAAAACGAGGAAGUCCAUUCUAACUUGAGUGUAGAGGAUAUUCAAUCUGCUAUACAUGGGCCUGUGAAUUUCUUACGAUGCCGGGCCAUUCAACCAUAUAAUGUAGUAAAGACCGUCCGAGACACAAUCAGCGCAAUCACUCAAACGGACAUACCGAUUAUUUGGCUGUACAGAGGCUCGUGGAAUAGGUUCACCCUAGGAGAGGCUUCUCUAGUAAUCUGUGGCACUUACGACGAGGUCUACAAAAAAGGGUGUGCCAUACGGGCACAUGUUUCUCAGAUGGGGGAGGCUAUGUUUAUGGGCGGAGAUACCCGCAGCUUCGAUGUACGGGCGCAUGAGCUGUGCACCGAGGCUGCAGCACAGCUCUCCAAGUUUAUAUCCAGUGCAGCCCAUGGAGCCGAGUACUAUGCAUGUAGUCUAGUUUUGCUAUAG